AUGUCACAACCUCAUGCAAGAAGUGAUGUCCCCCAUACAUAUCCCUGUCCCAAGAAGCCACAUACUAACAUCCAGUCAGCGUUUUCACCACUAAAUUUGGUGGAGGACGUGUCAGCGUCUAAAAAGGAUUUGGAAGAAGAACACACGCGAGAGCUCGAGAUCGAAAACGCGUACAAAUUGUACCAGGAAGCCAUUGCACUCCAAAGCAAGAAGCUGUGGGUAGACGCAUACAAAAAAUACAAGGAGUUGGCGAGUUCUGCUGUGGUGACCAACCAUUUUUACGAAGAGGUGUCUUUCAUAAAGGGGCUCCAAAAUGGCAGCAGCAAUCUCCAGCCCGAAGAGCUCAGUUUCAUUCCCCAAAAUGUCAAGAAGAUCAGAUUUUUGUUCUUCCGGAACAGAGGAUUUCUCCACUUCAACAUUUUGAAGGCCGGCUCUGAGAUCCUUGCUGGAGUCUUGGAAACCGAGCGCGAGACAGAGCCUGCUUUGGGCCUUUUCGAGCUCCAGAAAGACUUGUUCUAUACGAUGCUCGACGGAUUUGUCAACUGUCUAGUUUACGAGGAGGGAGACGAUUCGUUGCUUCGAAUUCUCUUCGAGAUUUACACAUACCUUGGAGUGCGAAGGCUAGCCAAAUUUGCCCUUGAAUAUUGCAUAUCGUAUUCCAGUGAACGCAACGAGUGUCUCAGCAUUUCCUGCUUAAACGACUGGGCAGAACCGAUGUGGAGACGGUUCAAGAAGUUGGGCUUUACUAGCACGGAGGCUUCCGCUGACUUGGAGCUCAAAUUCGUUUUUUUACUACCGCUAAAGCAGGACUUCUUGGCCCAGAUGGCGAAAAAAAUGCAGUUUCACACUCUCUCCGUAUCUCUAAAACCGGGCGCGUCAUGGUUUGACGUCAUUAACAGCAUAAACGGCGCAAUGCGGGAAAAUCAGGACAAAGAGAGGCUUCAGGACUUUCAAAAAAUUGCGUGCAAGCAUUUUGAUCCGUACGUUACAUCCGACACUACAUUCGACGACAUUUCAUUUGAAUUUUCGGAGGAGAAAACAGCAGCAGAAAUCACGGCCGAAAGCGAAGCCCUGGCGAUGGCUACUGAUAUGCACAUCGAGAAUGUUCUGAAGGAUACUCCUGAAGAGGAGCCCCAAAUUACUCCUAUCAAUAUGGAGCAACAGGAAGCGGCUGUGUCCUCAGAGAAAGCGUCCAUGAGACUUUCGAAAAGAUUGAACCCGGGGGAUCUGGCACCCGUGGAAAUGGAUGAUAUCCUUUUGAUCAGACAAUACUUCGUUGAAACCGAGCUAUUCUUUAAACAUUUAAAUGAAUUGUUUAAAACCAUCUAUGGCGUCGAGCAGCCGGUCCUAGACGAUAUGGUAGGUCACAUUGUGAACGCUGAGAUAGAUAAUUCGCAGACCGGAUACAUUGACGAUUUCUUGAAGAUUCUUAAUGAGUGGAAGUCUCAGAAAUAUGACGCCAUCCUUUUCCCCGAGAACAACAGUGACUCGAAACGAAAAAGCCACAGCGAUAAGAAGCGGCUCAUUGACGUGCUUACAAGUUUUGGCAACCAGUUUAGCGAUUCGAAGCAACAUUUUGGUAAUUUGUACGACUCACAGGAUCUGGCCUUUGUGAAGGAAUUCAUCUCAAAAUACUUUUGCGGACACUGUCAUGUGAAUGAGGCCAAAAUUGAGAUAUUGCUGCACCUCCUAGCUUCAAUAACAGAACUGACUUGGGAUGAUCAACUAUAUGACGCGGUGACAGAUUGGGCAAUGCAACUCGAAUCAUCUUACUUUGAAAUGUGUGAACAAAGCCAACGGGUCUCUGGAAAAUUCCAAAAUAUCAAGCUCGCCAUGGGCAUUUAUGAAAUUCUUGUCAACUGUUAUAUUGUCACACAAGAAAAACUAGAACAAAGCCUAGAAUCCGGAGCACACACAAGUUUUGUGAAGUCAGUGAAAUCAAAUUUCAACACCACAGCCAUCGAUCUAUUGAGAAUGAAAGAUAGAAUUGACAAAUGGUGGAAGCUAUUUCAAAAUGCAUUCUCAAGCAUAGAUCGUCUUGAAAAUACAGAGAUUGAGUUUAUUAUUCGCUUUUACUGGGCUUCCAACUACUACGUCGCUGCCAAGAGUUUCCUGUGGAGAGAAAAAAAGUUUGUUGUUGUUCAUUUGCACAAACUAGCCGAACUUCUUACGGAUAUGUCCUCGGCAAAAGAUGUUCAGAUUUCUUACCCAAAUUACUCCAAGAUAGGCGAAUUUUCUAUUGAUGGUCUCCACAGGCGGCUUUCUACAACGUCUAUUCUAUCUGUUUUCUCCAAGAUCUUGGACCAAAGUGACUCGGAAACCAUAACUACGAAGGAAACCAUCUCCCUUCUAGAAAGCAUAUUGUUCGACGAGCACGAUGAAGAUUCAGAGCCCCUUCAAACUGAUACGGAAGGUAGCUUGCUUGUGAAUUCAGUGAUUCACGGACUCGCUGUUUUGGAUAAGGUUUCUCUCUCAAGUGUCAAAGACUUUUUCUCUGAAUGCCCCGUUGACCUAAAAUUGAGUUUGUGGAACAUUCUUCUCCUGUACUAUCAAAAGGAAUCGUUUCAGAACUUUCAAAAAGGUCUUGAAAAUUAUCUUCAGUUUGUUCUUGACUUUUUGGGAAAUUCUUCCUACAAAAGUAUUCAGAACGACAAGCAAGUUGUCUUACUAAGCCUCAUUUCUUGUUAUCGAAGUCAUUUAGGAACCUUUUUAAAGUAUUUAUCUGAGAACAAAUGGCAACUUCCUUCAAGGACAGGAGACAUUCGACAAUUGUCAAAUGUAUUGAGAAUCUAUGAGAUAUGUUAUAUCUUCAGCUUGCACGAAGAGGGCGCAUUGUACACAAGUCGGAAAGUUUCCCUAGCAACGAAAUCAGAGGCAUCAUUCGAAUAUUUCAAAGAUUUUUUCAUCGAUUGCAUUACAAUUCUUCUGACAUACUGCUUUAACUACAUCACGGGAAAUGAUGUCGCAGAAAAGAAUACUUUAAUCAGCAAUUUUUUGAUUUUCAUUCAUCACCAAAUUGGGUUGCGCCACCUCUGUGAUUCUUCGAAGGGCUUAUUUCUUAAAUUUGCCGAAGACUCAUUGGUAAGCUUGUCCAAGAUUCCAGAAACAGAGCUCACACAAAUCAUGUCUUGCAGAUACCACUAUAAGGUCAAGCUCUACGGUCAAUUCCCAGUCGAUCAUUAUACUGUCAAAAGUGCAGAACUAAACAAAAAGAGCGCGCAGGAAUUGGCGAUCUUCAUAUUGCCGCUUUGUUUUAAAACAAACCCACUCACCCAAACACCAAGAAAUGAUUUGAAACAAGUCGUGGAUGAUCUUUUCGAAAUCAUUGGAGAUCCUGACGUGGAAAACGAUAGGUCUCUUUGUGAAAAUAUGAGCUCUAUUGAGAAAUUUAUCGAUAGAUCUUUGAUUGGGGCCAGGUUCAUCAAAGAAUCAUUCUAUGGUUUGAAAUCACUCGAGAUGCUUCCUCCACAACAUAAGAAUAGAGUCGCAGAGAAAGGGCUAUAUUUCAUGGAAGCUGUUUUGAUGUUCAAUUCUUACAAAAUUCGUAAGAAGUCUGCGCAAAGCCGGACUGUUGAGCUAGAAAGAAUAAUCACUGUUCUUACAUAUGAUCUCAUCUAUGGAAGUGAUAGGGUGGAAAGCUGGAUUCUACUUGCUCAGGCAUAUAGCUUCAUCGUCGAAGACGACUUGAUCUGGACGUCUGAUAAGAUUGGCACAAUCGAGAAAAAAGUGCCAACCGCCAAUCUCCAACGCAAGGCACUAAUCUGUUACUUGAUGGCUAUAAGUACUAUCACCAAGCAAAGACACACUGAUACUGAAUCCAUAAAACUGGUGAUGAGCAUGCUAAUGAAUAGCUUUGCCAAAGAGCUUUACAGCGCAUCCAGAAGCCCGAUGGAUAUGCUUGCUUUUCAGGUGCAUUGCAAUCCCAAAUUCGUGAGGCAAAAUGAAAAAGCUUUGUUUUUGAAAGUUGCCGACAGACCUAGCGUGACACAGAAAUACUGCUUAGUGCUUAUGAACCGCUGUCUAGAUCUAGCUGUCAAGAAUAAUUGCGAAGAUUGGAACUCUCUCUAUUACUCAGCAAAAGUAAAAGCCAAACUUGAUCUCAAUCCAACUAACGUGCUUGAAACUUUAAUUCAAGCCAGCGAUGAAGCUAAGAAACAAAGUCUUUCGGGUGAUCCCGUGCUUGAGCCCGCGUACAAGUUUUUGAGUCUACUCUACAAGUUCGUGAAGUCACAAAAACUUAGUCUUGAAGAAGGGAUGAGACUUUUGAAUUUGAAUACAACUUUGACAACCACUGAUGAGUUCAAAGCAGAGACAAAAAGCGAGCUUUUCAAAGGCAUCAUUUCUGGGCUCAAAAUAUUAAUCUCUCUUGACAAAAAGGCAUGGUAUCAUAAACCCGCUUAUCGUCAGGCGAAAAUCCUUUUCACCGAGUUUAAUGAUCAUCUUGGUGCCAAAGAGCUCUUGUCUAAGUAUUUCACGUUGAGGUCUAGCAACAAGACAUUCCUUGUUAUGUGGAAACCGGAAUUCGAACGACCUGGUAAACAUUUUGAGUACAUGAAUCAGUACUCAAGAUUCUAUAUCAUGUUGUUGGGGCAUGAGCAAGACCUCACGUCGUUGGUACUUAUGUAUCCGAAGUUGAGACGAGCCAAUUCUACAAUGACUCUGCUUGUCAGUAUUUGGGGACAAUUAUGUACACUGAUUUGCACAAUAAUAAGAAAAGUUCUCGACGUCGAUCCUGGACAAGAGAAGUAUUUCUUAUACGCUACUACAUAUUCCACUUUCAUUGCCCGAGCCAAGAAGGUGGUUGAGAUGGUGCGGGCUGACCAAGCAAAUGGUCUGUUGAAAAAAAACCUAUCGCUUCUUCACAUUUUGACAGACAUACGGAAGCUUAACAAUGGAUUUGGCCCUACCGCGUUGAUUGACAAUACGUUCAGUGGAGUCUUCAUCGAAAUAUACCGUGAAAUUUGCUACGAACAUAAGGAGAUAGAGGAGAUCAUGGUCCCCGACUCUCCCAAUGCCAAAACAAAGAGACUUGCCAAGAAAGAUCUAUUUCCUUUCGCAAUUGAACUCGCGACAAAAUGCAAACGGGACACUGAUCUGUUUCUAAAGCUCAACCCAGAUAUCCUCAACUUUUACGUCACGGAAUAUGAGAAAAAGGCGGAAAUUAUGCGACAGAAGAAGGCAGAAGAAGAAGAAAGACAAAGAUUAGCAGCUGAAAAAGAACACAGGAAGCGAGAAGAAGCUGAGCAGGAGAGACAGCGGAUGGCUGCAGAGCAGGAGCGUCAAAGAUUCAGCCCGCAAACAAGACUUCUGCGUCUUUUUGCAGAGCAGCUUCUUCUCCGCGGACAGAAAAAGGCUAUGUACAAAAUGUUGGCCGCCACAAUGCCAAUGAGCUGGCACAGCAGAAUUGUGGCCUUAGAUGGUAUCGGUGUUGCGCUUCCGUGUCGAAACAGCAUCGAGUUGAUUGGUCCGGAAAAGCUCGCCACCAAUUUUUUCAAUGAAGCGAGACGUUAUGUACGAGUUGGCGAGUCUCCUGGUUCAGCAAGGUUACCAUCUUCCUCUGAUAAUGCGAAUGUGGCCCCAGUAUUGCUGACUGUCAUUGGCAAUGGGGCGAAAGCUCCAUCCAUUUCCACACUGCCGGCAACCACAAAGAAUACAAUCGAAGUUGUCCAAAGGGAAUUGAGGAGUACUCAAUCACAUCAGUUGCGAAACCACUCUGCCGAUCCAAAUUUUUGGCUGCAAAGCUCCUAUGCAUCAAGGCCUCAUAUCAACCAGAGAGACCUACAAUUGCAGCAAGCCGCUUUCCAGGGCACGCAGCUGGAUCCAUUUGAAAUCGACAGUCAAGAGGGUACAACGCCUGGCGCAGAGCAUAAAAGACAGCUUGAAACUGAAGGAGACAUUGAAGCGCUGCAAGCUAAAAGGCAAAAUAUUAAUAAGUAG